AUGACCUCGACCGGGCCGCCUGCCCUCAUGUCGCACCAGAGCUUCCAGAGCACCUACUCGAGCUACUCGCACAGCAGCGCGCGCGACACGCAGAGCACCCAGGCCACGAGCAACUCGACCCUCUUCAACCCCCCGCCCAGCUUCCCGACGUCGUCGACGCCCGUCAAUGGCGGCCCCGUGGAAGCCUCGGACAAUGUCCUCAACAAGCGGGCCGACAAGGACACCUCGCUCUUCCAGCGCUGCUUGACGCUGCAGAUGCGCCUGCGCGCCAUCGAGGGCUUUGACCGCUGGAUCGCCGAGGAGGAGAACAAGGCCGACGACGACGCUGACCCCGUAACGCUGCUAUGGCGCACCUUCCGGAGGGGCUACCCACUGAUGGAGCUGUACAACGCCCUGGGGCCCCGCACCCUGCUGAGCAUCCCCAGCACCAAGCAGGACGAGAAGACGCUCAAGAAGAACGAGAAGAUGGCCUGCUACAAGUUCAUCCAGAGCUGCGUUGCCGAGCUGGGCAUCCCCCAGGAGAGCUGCUUCAUUCUCGGCGACUUGUACGGUGACGACACAACCGGAUUUGUGAAAGUCACCAACGUGGUCAAUCGCGUGCUGGACGAGCUCGUGGCCCAGGGCAAGAUCACUGGCGUUGCCGCAUCUCUGGAGAAUGCCGGCGGCGUCGUCACCAAGCGCACCCAGCGCGAGCACAUCAUUGACGAGCUGGUCAAGACGGAGCGCACCUAUGUACAGCAUCUCGAGUUGUUGCAGGAGUUCAAGAAGCUGGUCGAGGAGAAGGGUGUCAUCAGCGGCGACCAAGUACACGACAUCUUCCUCAACUUGAACGCCCUCCUCGACUUCCAGCGCCGCUUCCUUAUUCGCGUCGAGCAGACAAACGCCCAGCACCCCGACGAACAAAACUGGGGAAACCUUUUUGUGCUCUACAAGGAUGCCUUCAAGGUCUACGAGCCGUAUAUCGCGAACCAGAAGAAGUGCGAGCAGAUUGCUAUGCGCGAGUUUGACAAACUAAAGGAGACGGGUGGACCUGCUGAGAUGCGACAGAUGGUCGAAUCGCCGACUCUGCUCGCGUCUUUCCUCCUAAAGCCCUUCCAACGACUUACCAAAUAUCCGCUACUACUUCGUGAACUCCAAAAGAAUGGCGACCUCGACGAAGGACGACGAGAAGACAUUGCACGCGGUAUCGAAGCAGCUUCCUCCGUGCUCGCAGGCACCAACGACGCCAUUGCGCGCGAAGAACGUGUCGAGGCGGUGGAGGAGCUCAAAACGCUUGUGGAAGACUGGAAGGGUCACCGGAUAGAAGGUUUCGGCGACCUUCUUCUACACGGCCAAUAUACUGUUUUGAAGGGCGAGAGCAUGAGCUCGAAGAAUGAAGAGCGAGAAUACAAGAUAUACCUCUUCGAGAUGAUCCUCCUCUGCUGCAAAGAGAUCAACGUCAACAAGCCAAAAAACAAAAUGUCCACUCGAUCCCUAGUCACCAAAGACGGAAAGCCGAAGUUGCAGCUAAAGGGCCGCAUCUUCAUGCAGAACGUCACAGAGACAAUCUCCCUGCAGAAGCCUGGCUCAUACACCUGCCAGAUUUUCUGGAAAGGCGAUCCUGGAAUCGAAAACUUCAUCAUCAAGUUUACCUCCGAAGAGACCAUGAAGAAAUGGGCCAUGCAGGUCGACACUCAACGCCGCGUCUGGAAGGACCAGGCACGAACAAGCGCCAGCACCACAGCGUCCAAGCCAUCAGACACUCAGUUUGCUUACAUGCGCGACCAAGUGCUAGAGAACCCGUACCAGGAAGACGACGAUGAGGAUGGUGACGAGGACAUCGAUCCCGUUACUGGCUAUCCCUACUCACGACAGAACACUUCCACCCCCUCGAUACGCUCGCGGUCAACCACUGGUGAAAGCGGCCCCUCCGAUGGAGGUUCAAGGGUAGCACCUCCACGCUUUCCUAUGGGCUACAACGGCCAGCCUCCACUAACUCUGCGCACCCAGCAAAUACAAGAUGCCGCCAACCAAGAAUCCUACUUCUCGCCCACGGCCGAGACGCCGAUGCAAACGCCAAUGUCAACCCACUCUAACGCACGAUCAAGCCAAUCAUCCAACGGCACCUUCCCCUUCCCACGUCAAGCACCACCAAAUGGAUACUCCCACGAAGAGAAUAACCGUCACACAGCCCCUGCUCAGUCACGUCACGGAUCUAGGGGGGAGAAUGUUCAGCAUCCACAAGGCCGUGCGAUGCAACGCCCAUCACUUCCGGCCAAUGCCACUCUUUCAGCUCAAGGUAGAUUGCGGGCAGCUAGUAGCCCCGAUAUCAACUCACAUCUCCAAGGACAAACUCGAAGAGCGCCGCCAUCACAGCCAGUACCAGAUGUGCCCCCUUUCCCUACCCACUACGCCUACAACGCAGCAAUUGUCAAUCGCAGUAACAGUAACUCGCCCAACAACCCACCGCCACGAGCUGCAACUCAGUCUCCGGCAAUCCAACGAGACCGUCUGAUACAGCAACGAACCGCUGCGGAGCUGGCCAACGCGAACAACGAGUACCACAACACUGCCAUGCGUCGCGAUCCCAACUAUCCCCCAAUGCGCACAAUGACGCCUGCAUCAUCGUUUGAGCGGAGUCAGGGCACUCUAACACCAGCAUCCAUGGACUCACGGAAUAUGUCGCCACCGCUUGGCCAAGACUCCAAUAUACCUACUCAACUCAAGGUCAAAGUCCAUUGCCCAUCUGCCGGUAGCUCCAUGGUCUUGGUCGUCAGCACAAAUAUCAGCUACCAGUCGCUCAAGGAUCGUAUCGACGCGAAACUUCAACGGUCGACGUCCGUAUCGCUUGGCUCCGGCCAAGUCAAGCUCAAGUAUCUGGACAGCGACAACACAUACGUAAGCAUCCAAUGUGAUGAUGACGUACAAGAGGCGUUCGAGAACUGGAAAGAACAGCAGAGCAAUCUUAACCCUGGCGGCGGACUAGGCGAGAUUGAACUUUUCUGUCAACGGUAA